GAAUAUAUUCUAUCACCUCUAAUUUUGAUCUGAUUGCACAAAUAGAUGAUAAAUGGCCUUGCCGUGGCUAUGUUUGUGGCUAACACUAUCGUUAGCUAAAUCGUUGCACAAUUACAACCAUAGCAAGAAGCCCAUGUCGUUCACUACUUUUCAUAUUGACUCGUGGGCUUUAAUAUUGUGAGUGCCAACAAUACACAUAAGGCCAUGCGCAACAAUAGUACCUCAGUGCGUUUCUCAACAUAAAAAUAAUAACAAUAAAUGAAUAGUAAAAUGAAUGAAUGAAGAACACUUCUUGGUAAAGAGACUUUAAAAAAUGAGUAAUUGCACCUCCUAUACACAGAUAACCAUGAUAUUUGCAAAAAUGGAAAACCCACUUUUAUGAUGAUCUGUUUUUUUCUAAUAGCCAUUUUACCCCUACUCAUCUAAAGCAAAACAUACUCUCUUUUUCUUUCUACUUUUCGUGGUGUUGAAUUAAAUCUUUGUCUUUCUUAUCUCCAUUGUCAUGGAAGCAAUGUAAUGUAUUCGUUUAUUUCAAGAAUUGUGAUUAUUCUCUCUUUUUUUGUGUAUCUCCCUACAACUUUGUUUUUUUCUUUUUUCUGGAUUUUGUUCUUGGUUUCUCUCUUUUUAGAACUUCAUUUUUGCUGAUUCAUGAUCGAGAUGGCUUUCUCUAAUAACAACGUCUCUUACGUCUAGUCCUUCGGAAGAGAAGAGAGAACAGCAAAAAAAAAAACGAGAUCGAAUGAUGAGAUUGAGGUUGUAGUCAACUGUUGAUUUUCGCCACAAAGAGUAAGAAACAGUGAAGAUGUAGGAAGUGUAAACCACGUUUCCAGUGGAGAGAUCAGAUUUGGCAGAAAAUCUUUACAUCGGUGAUGUCGCCGAAGAGACAUCAAAUAAGAAUUAUAUGUUGUUUAGGAAUUAAAACUAAUAUUAAAAAUAGUUAUACUUAUAAAGUUAUAUCCGGCUAAACAACUAUUUUAAUCAUAUGUACUGCAAUUUGUUAAAGAGUUAAUUCUAUGUUUAGCCGAACACGUAAUCUAGUCAUUUGUUUAUCUGAAUUGAUAAAAAAUAACAACCAUCAAUUGAUCAAAUAGUUGGUAAAUAUAAAUUACAUACCAGCUAACAAGUAAAAUAUCCAGAUAAAUCAGAAUAUAACAAUAUUAAUUUAAAAAUUAUCCAUAUAAAUGAGAGUAUAUCCAGCUAAUUUAAAAAUUAUCCAUAUAAAUAAGAGUAUAUCCAGCUAACUCACAUAGUUAAUACAUACUAAGGGGUUUUGUAACAAGGCUAGUGAGCAUGGAUGGUCCAAGUACAAGAUGGUUCAAGCCGGUAGUUCUCAUAAAGGACCCGAUGAUAAACUUUCAAUUAUGUGUAUCAAGAAGAAGACGAUAAUGGCAAAACCGGAAUUUCUUUGUGUAAAGAUCUUAUGGCUAACAAGUAAAAUAUCCAGAUAAUUCAGAAUAUAACAAUACUAAUUUAAAAAGUAUCCAUAUAAAUGAGAGUAUAUCUAGCUAAUUUAAAAAGUAUCCAUAUAAAUGAGAGUAUAUCCAGCUAAUUUAAAAAUUAUCCAUAUAAAUGAGAGUAUAUCCAGCUAACUCACAUAGUUACUAUAUACUGAGAGGUUUUAUAACAAGGCUAGUGAGCGUGGAUGGUCCAAGUACAAGAUGGUUCAAGCCGGUAGUUCUCAUAAAGGAGCCAAUGAAAAACUUUCAAUUAUGUGUAUCAAGAAGAAGACGAUAAUAGUAAAAUCGGAGUUUCUUUGUGUAAAGAUCUUAUGGCUAUAGCUGUAGAAGUGCUUAAGAUGAACAUCACUACUUUAGGUUCUUUGGUUUUGACUAUAAGCGACCAGAUUCUUUUUUUCGUGACUUUGGUUGCAAAGAAGUUGUUUCAUGCUAAGGUGAAGCCUUCCAUCCCUGAUUUUCAAGCUUGCCUUGGAUCGAUCAUUACGUGUGUAUAUAUAUAUACUUUAUAAUAUAAUUGGUUUUUUUAUUAAUUUAGACUAGCUAGUUAGAGUAAGGGGCAAAUAGUAAAAUACUCUAGAGAGAGAUUACUGACAACCAUGUUUUUUUGUGUUUUUCCAUUUUUGCAAAUUUUGCACUUAUUGUAUAUUUUUCUUGCAAAUGGCUCAAAAAAUCUAGAAGAGCUUUUCCUUCCAUUUGUUUUCAUUCUAUUGGUUAAAUUCUAUUUGAUUUUAAAAUUUAAUUAAAAAUUUAUAUUAUACUAAUUUUUAUUGGUUAGAUUAUGUGGGAAGAAUCCCUCUAAGUAUUGGUUUUCAACUACAGAAUAAUUUUAUUACUUUUUUUUGCUAAUCAAAAAUAGCGCUUAUUUGUAAAAUAGUCUAUAAAAAAUUAGUUUUGUAAUAAGAGAAUAGAGAGAGAUACGAAAAGAAAGAAGGAGAAAGAGUGUGUUUUUGGUUAGUUAAUAAAUUAUAGUUAGAUCAUUUGGUCUAAGACCAUCUCUAAUGUAUUCCUCUAUUUCUUCUUUUGUAAUAGAAGAAUUCUAUAAUAGAUGUGGUUUCUCUCCAAUAUAUUUCUCUAUUUUUUCUUUUAUAAAAGAAUAUUCUUAAAAGAUUCUUUUUUAUUUUAUAAAUAACACAUUUAACUUAUAAAUGUUGCAAAUUAGCCCAUUUAUUAUAACUUUUGAUUUUUUCCAUAAAAUUGUAAUAUUAUUUAAAUUAAACAUUUUAUUACAAAUGACGUUAGAAAAUAAUAAUAAAACAAAAUAGACAUUAUCUAAACAUCAUCAUUACUAUAGUUUUUCCAUAAAUGGUCAAUUAAUGCAUUCCAAAGUGAAAAAUGAGCUUCCUUAUUCUUGAUUUUUCUGAAUUGACUUAGAAAUUCUUGGAAUCGGUUAUCUUCAUCAUGUGGUAUUUGGACUUCUGAGGGUGGAGCUUCUCUUCCAAUACACUAGAAGAAGGAAAUAAACAUUUCUGAGAGAACCUAAAGAAGUCAAGUGAACAAAGACAACAUCAAUUGGAGAUUCAAAGACAAAAUUUUGCUUUAAAAAGAGACGAAGGAAGAAAACAAAAUUUUAUUUUGUGACUUAAAUUCCAUAGAAUAUCCAAAUGUCUGUGAACAUUUCCAAGCAGAGAAAGCACGAAUUUUACAAAAGCACAGUCACCAGAAACAAAAUCAGCUAGCUCCUCCUCUAUCCACGUCGUUUGGAUAAUAUUUUAACAAUCUUUGUGGAUCCGGAAGUAAUUUACCGGAGUAUUAAGUUGUUUCAUUAUGUUGUAUUGAUUAAUAUUUAAGUAUUAAGUUGUUUCAAUAUUUAAGUUUAAUUUUAAUAUGUUAUCAAUAUGUAAAUUAUGUGAAACUUUUAAUAAUUAAAUUUUAAUUAAUAGUUUUAAUUAUCAAUAUAAAAUUUUAGAUAUCAUUCAUUAAAUAAAAAAAUCUGACUUUAAAAUAAAAUAAUUAGUAUGUAAACAUAAAUAAUUUAUAUCUUUUUUAUUUUAUUUAUAAUUAUAAAAAUUAAAAAUUAGUAUGUAAACAAAAAGUUGUGCAUUUAUAUGUAAAAAUUGUAUUUCUUCGUAAACAUGUAUUUUAGUUAUAAUCACAAAAGCUAAAAGACUAUUUUGUAAAUAAAAAAAAAUACAUCUCUAUUAUAGAGGAAUGCUAUUUUUUCUCCUAAAUAUAUAGAAAUUAGUAAUCUUUAUUAUAGGGGAAGAAAUAGAGCUGGGUUGGAGUAGAUUUUCCUCCAUUAUAGCAUAGAGAGGCAAAUAUAGAGGUGAAUUAGAGAUGCUCUAAUUUCCCUCAAGAAUAUGUACGAAGGUAAACUGUUGUAGGUUUUUCAUACUAAGAAAUUUUACCAUUUAGCUAUACUAACUUAAAAGAUUUGUAUAAAUUACAUGGUAUUUUUAAGAAAAACACAAUUAGAUGGAGUUUAAACUCCCAAGACAAAUUUCUAAAACUAUAUUGAAUCACAAAGAAUAGGUUACAAAUAUAAGAAUGGUUGAGCAAUAUAUAUAUCUACAUGUGAGUAUAUGUGAAGGUGAAUGGGAUUUGGACAAAUAUGGCAGUGAGUGUGAUUGUUUGUUUGUUUAUCAAAGAGGAUGUUUGUGUUCAUCCUUUAUCUUCUUUGUUUUCUUUAUCAUUGUACUUGAGCUUUUAUCUCUUUAUCCCCCCCUAACCUUCUUUACUCCUUUAAUCAUUACCAAAUCCUUCUUAUUUAUUUUUAAUACUGUAUUCAAUUACUAAUAGGUACAUGAGCUGUAGCUGAACCUUAACUAUAUAUAACGUGAUCAAAUACUUGACAGAGGUCUCUGUGUCAUUUGUCUUUUCUUCGCGUUUUUUCCUUUACUUGUUUUAGUGUCAGGGUUGACCUAAUACGUUUGCUUGUGUUCUGCGCUGGCCUCUCGAUCUCAGUUUUUUUUUUUUUUUUUCCGUCAAUAUGAUUUUAUAUAUUAAAGGAUAUGGGCCAAGCCCAGAAUCAUUACAAUAAAAGCCCAUACUACAACUAAACCCGAUAACCAAAUGGGCCCAAAACCUUCCGGCCCAACAAGAGAAACCCUAAUCUCUCUACAGGAAAGAGAGCAGCCGCGUCGAAUGUCCAGCUUUUCCGAAGCACGGACACGUGUUGCCAUCCUCGACGACGAGGGGCACGUGUCACACGGACGCCUCAUCUCCACCACCUCUCAUCUUCGUCGGAGAUCCAGCCUUCGGAUCUCUCGACCAAAACGGAGCACUGCAGCUCCGCCAAAUCUCACUUCAAACCUCUUUGGGCCUCUGAAACUGGAGAGCAUCAAUCGCCAUGGCGAGAGCUCCCCCAACACAGUUCACCGAAACCACCCAAAGAAAUUAACGCAUGCAACUUGAACCGAUUCCACCGGAGAGCCUCACUCUCCUCCAGCAAAAACACAAAAAAACCUAAAACUAAGCGAAGAGAAAAAAUUAAACUAAAAGGACGAAACCCAAAAGGACAAGGGGACGAGAUCCGGUGACGCGAAGCUGUGAAAGCCUUCACCCCCCGGGGACUAGAGCCGACGACGGCGGAACUAAGGAAGCUUCCCCGCCGCGGAUGCAAAGUCCGGCGAUGACGGAUCUGUGAGAGCCUCCGUCUCCCGGAAACCGAAAACUCAACUAAACCAUCCCCUCCUUCCCGCAACCGCGUCGUGACUCCAGAACCACAACCACCGGCGAUUGUUGGGUGACCAGAGCUCCGACAGACAGAAACCGGAGAAGGAGAGAAGGAGACAAAGACUGGUGAUUUAUUCUGAAGGAGGAAAAGACUCCGGCGGCGGCACGGACGCUCACGCGCCGACCGACCGCCGGAACCCCAAAAUUUCUCUCUAACUUUUUCUCUCUAUGGUUCUUUCUUUUUUUACGAUCGAUCUCAGUUCUUUUAAUAUAACUUUUUUUGGACAAAAAAAUUAAUAUAACAACUCAGUUCUUUUAUUAUAUUACAAUAUUGAUAUGUAGUCAUACCAGAAAGUCUAGCUAGUUGAUUUGGAGACUGGAAGUCUGGAACCAAUUAGACAUUGGAUACCAGUUCCUUAAAUUGAACAUAGUAUUUUUUUUUCUUUGAAACUAAAAAUUGACAUAGUAUUUCCCUCUUUUUUUCUGUCAACUAGACAACUUCUACAUUUUUGUCAACUAUUUUUUUCCUCUAUUUAAUUCUAAAUUUUAUUUAUAUUAAAUCGCAGUUUCUUUUUAUGACCUUUGUGUUGAUAAUAGAUGAACAAGUGAAAUUUUAAGAGAUCUUGUUUGAGUAUUUUAAUACAACUAUCUCAUAUUUAAAAAAAAAUCUUAAAAAAACUCUCUCUUAUUUGACCAGAAAAGGUUGAAUUUUAAGUUUUCUCACAUAAAUAGUAUCUUGUGAGCUUCUUGACAAAGUCCCAGCGGCUUCCGUAUUCAUCUGGUGGGAUUUUCGGAUGAGCCUGACAUAUGAGGUUAUAAGUCAUCGAGAGGUAUGAGACUUUUCAUGAAUUUAACACCCGCAUGUCGCAAACUGCGUGGAAAAUGAACUUACCUCCAACAAUAUUGAGUGUUUGAACAAACAUGCAAUAUGUUUAAAACAUCAACGUAAAGAAUAAGAUCAUCAAAGAGUACAGAUCGAUAGCAACCAAAAUCAUCAAAGAUAUAAUCAUCCGAAAGACCACUAUAUGUAGAGCAUUUAAAAACUAAUUUGGAAGUAUUUUAUUUAGAUAUGUCUAUUUUAUUGUAUUUUGUAAAUAUAUAUACUGGAUACUAUAUUAACAAAUAUAUAUUGUAUCUUCUUGUAAUCGGUUGCUUUUGUCUCUUAAUUUGGAUCGAUCUCACUUCCUUGAGCGAACUCAUACAUGAUAAAAUGUAGUAGAUGAGACUUGUUUCAAAAUAUCAGUGUUAUAUCAACCAUCAUAUAUUAUCACUAUCAUGGUAUAUAUACGAUUGAUAGAUCAUCAUAUGGGAGUAGUAUGUUAAAAAGGUAUUAGUUUCUUUUUUUUCCAAGUUCGAUGCUUGUUAAUGGCAUCAAGGUUCUAACAUUCUAACAUAUGGAAAUCUUAAAAAAAAAAAUACCUGUGAUAUCUUCUAAAGUUUUUCCGUCAUCUCUGUUAUUUUCAGCUCAUAAUAAAUUCGUCAAUCUCCCACCUUGGUAGAUCACUCUCAAGAAAGUUUAGCAUAGCUAACACAUUGUACGUAGUUUAGUAACUUAAUGAGUUUUGUCUGGAUCCUGAUUCAUAUCCUAAAGGAAUCAAUCUUGCAAAACGAGGAGAGAGACGUUAGUGUUAUUUUCAUAAAGCAAUAAAAUAGUAAAAUGUUUAUUGUAUUCCCUAUUUUCCGGGAUACUAUAUCAAUAAAUCUGAGUCAAUACGAUAAUUAUAUAAGGUUGACCAAUUGGAUGCUGCACAUGUCACACUUUGUACAAAGUACAAGCGCUAGUCGUCGAAAGAGUAAGUGAAUAUUUGAAAGAAACGAAAGAACAUCAGACGUCUCAACUAUAUGAUAUGUUGAUAUUUCAUAAUUAUGUUCUUGUUAUUUCUUGCAUGGAUUCAACAUUUCCAUAAUCAGAAAACAAAAGUUUGUUAUAGGAAAGUCAAUAUAUAUAAUAGAUAAUCAACUGACCAAAUCUGAUUCGCAAACAAUACUUUCACGAUUACUACACCACAAGACAAACAUUUCAAAAAACAAAUCGUCAAUAAAUUUGUGUAGUUAAAUUAUUAUGUGAAUUUGCACACAAUGUAACAUAUAUAUAGAGUCUAGGGACGGCUGAAAUAUUAGAACGAAUGUUGGGUUUGCUAUUUUUGGUGAAAUCUUAACGCCAAAAAGACAACUAAAUAGUUGCUUAUUGACUAAAUAUUUUAUAGAUGCUUGUUGAACUUUUUUGUUUGGCUUCUCAAAUCAUUCCUUCAUUUUUCAUGUCAUUAUAUUUUUUUCUGUUUCGGUGGCAGUCUUAUCUUUUGUCUUUGCAUUUGGAUGAUAGUGUACCGGCUAUUGUUCGUUGAAAAGGAUACAUAGAUUAUAGAUAUGCGUUUUACAAAUAUUGGGUAAGUAUUACAAAUUUUUAUUAGACAAGUAUAGUUCAUUAAAAAGAAAAAAAAAGUAUGGCAGUUCAUCAAUAAACUUUAGAACCUUGCGGACAUGAUGAUUUCUUUUUUUUUUUGGCAGAACGAAUUUGUUAAGUGUAGUAUAUUGGGAAGUACCUAAAAUGCAACUAUAACACCCCCAAAACGUUGAACAAAAAAAGAACACCCCCAAACACAAAAAAUAGAAACGCAAACCUAAAGUUUUAAGUAAUGGAAAACUCUUCCGAGUGACAUAAUCAAAUCCAAUUAUUUUCUAAAAAUGAAAGAUGUGAAAAAUGUCAAGUGCACGUACCUCUUUGUCAAAAAAAAAAAAAAGAAGUCAAGUGCACGUACUUUUAUGAUAACCAAAAUUAAUGGAAUUAUUUCGGAAAAGGUUAUAACAUCUACGUGUACAUAUACAUGCAUAAAUAGACCCUAUGUAACUGUAGAUAGUUGUACAAGUACAACGGUCCUGAAACAAGAAAGACGAGAAUGUGAAGAAGACAUAUGGAAGAACUCAAAAUCUUAUAAAAAUAUACACAUAAAAAGACGACAAAAACAACAAGAAGAACGAACAACAAUGUCUCUUUUACCUCGAGAAAAUAAACAGUAACAAAAAUAUAUACACUAAGACACGCAUACGGCAUAUGUAUGUAACCUUUUAACUACAAACGAGGGAAGAAAAUAAAGUUGUGUACAUGCGCGUCUACAUAGUUUUUAGAGUAUAGAAAAAGAGACUUUUUUAAACGAAAUUGGAAGAGCAUCGGAUUUGCAGUUCUCUCUCGUGGAUUCUUUCCCUUGGACCCUUCCUCGAUUCCCAUUCACAAGUCACAACUCCUCUCUCUAUAUAGGUGUUCACAUGCAUACAUUAGACAUAUAUACACGGUACUUACAUACUCCCAAUAUUUUUAAUAGUUUUUCGUUAUCCAAUUAAACAUCAAUUUCAAUGUAUCCCUAUAGUAUAAAUGGUGUGAGGCUUUGCUGCGAGAUGUAAUCUCUAAAAUAGACUAACGGCAUGGUUUGCUGUUCGUAGCUAGACAUUAUUUUAGUAGGUGUAAAAAUUCAGUUGGGAGUGAUCACGUAGUAAAACGCAAUUUUCAUGUAAAAAGGAAUAUAUAUUUUAUAAUAUUUGGUAAUAUGUCAAAAGAAAACACGUUGGCUUGAACGGCAAUAGUUUUUUCGUGAGUUUUAGUUUUUGGAAUUUAGUUUUUGGUUUAAUUGUUUGGGUUUUGUUGUAGGUUUUAUGUUUUUCUCAACAAUAUUUUAGUUUCCUUUUGAAAACAAAUCUGAACGGCAAUUUGUCUUUUUUUUUUUUUAAUUUUUAGUUACAUUCUUACAAAAUUGAUCCAUAAUAUGAGUUUUGAUUUACUAAUUAAUUUUUGUAUAACUUUUUAAAAAAUAAUAAAACAAAUAGCUAGAUUUUAUCAUUUAUCAUUACAACAAAAUGUUUAAUCUUGUGUUUCAGAGAUUAAGAAAUCAGAAAAUAUUUGUGCGUAAUAUAGUAAAUCAAUCCUUUUUUUUUUGUCAACAGAACCAUACAAACUAAGUUAAGUUUGCCUGUUAUUAUUGAUUCAUAGCUGAUCCGGUAGUCUCAACUGGUUUGAUUUAUGUGAAAGAAUAAUGAAUCUUGUACAUGUGUCCGUUUGGAAAGAGAGUCGGUAUAGAUAUUAAAGGAACAAGAGAUUUACAUAAGUUGAGAAUCUAAAAAAUCAUUCCUAAUUUAGGUGAGUUCAUCCAAGUCUAUUUUCAAAAUUGGGCUAAUCUUCAUAUUCUUAGUCAUCUUGAGUAAGUUGGUACUAUCUGUUUCAAAAAAUGACUGAAUGAAUGUUGUUUUCUCUUAGACAUGUCAUAAUCCAAAAGAAACCACAUGGUCAUGGUACUUUUUUUUACCAAUGUAAAUGUGUAUAGAUUUUGCUACACGAGACAAAUGAAAGAGGAAAAAAAAAUAUUCUCCAUGUACAAAGAUUUCCUUCCAUUAUGCUAGGUGUAAUUAAUUAGUUAAAAAUAGUCAGCGAGAGGUUUGACUAGCAAUAAUGUUCAGAAAUCUAAGAAGUCGCACGCACGAUCUACCUUAAGCGUGGAGGAAACAAAGUCCCCGUUCCAAGUCCUUCGACUUUCUACGUUACCCAACAAGUAGGUUUUAUUUUCAGAAAGUCACAUGUCGUAAUAUCGUAUCCACAAUAAUAUAGUUCAAAUUUACACAUUACAGUGAGUACGCCACAAGAUUAAUUACCAACUCUGACUCAUCUUGAUUAGGUUUGAAGUUUCCAGCCCACCCUCUAGCUUACUUUUAAAACCCAAUCACUGAUCACUAAUAUAUUAGCCAAUUAUAUAGACUUCAAAUCACUAAGAAAAUAAUAUACGCCCACAAAUAAGUCUUAUUAGUAGAUUUCAGAGCGAUACAUAUCAAACUCUAUUAAAAAACUUCAAAUCAACCUAUCAUUCAUAUAAUCGAUUCACUCUUACUAGUCAUGUGAAUUAAUAUACAUGUAUUACUAUCAAAUUUCGAUCAAUAAUUGCAUAUAUAUACAUAUGUAGUUUUGUAUCGGUGUUAGGUAAUUCCAUUGGUCAUAUGCUAUGAUAAAAGAUAUGUAGGAUUAGCAAAGCAAAGAAACAAACAGUUUUAUGUUAUACCAGUAGCUUUUAAAACAAAAAGACAACAAGUAAUGAUAUAGACUAAGGUUUUAAAAGCAACAAGAACCACCCAACCAACAUUAAUUUUUAUUCUUUUACAGAUUGAAUAUAAACAUCACUCCCCCCCUCUGCUUCUCACUCACACACAAUAUUUUCUACAUAUUUAUAUGCGCCCGUGUGCUUUCAACAGCUGUAUCAACCUUCUCUCUUUCAACACAAACCUCUCUCUCUCUCUUUCUAAUACCAUGUCGGAGAAACGAAUCGGUAUGGUCGAGAAAAGUAACAACAAGAGACAACGAGUGAAUCUUGUUCCCACGUUCUCCAUCAACGACCACCACGACGUUCUUGUUGAAAUCCUCCGGCGACUAGACGGCCCUUCUCUCUGCUCAGCCGCUUGCGUGUGCCGUCUUUGGUCAGCCGUGGCUCGCAACGACUCAAUAUGGGAAGAGCUUUGUUUCCGACAAGUGUCACCACGCCCUUCGCUUUCACUUCGCUCAGUUGUGUCUGCUCUCGGUGGCUACCGAUGUCUCUACUUCCUCUGCAUCCGUCCGGUCCUCGCACGACUCCCCAAGAUCAUUUGGAGCCGAGACCAGCUCCAGCUCUCACUCUCCCUUUACUGUGUUCACUACUACGAGCGCCUUUACGUCGGCGCGUGGCUUGGAGACGCGCCACCUUCUUCGCUCAUGUUCCUUAGGAAACCCGUCAACGUAGUCUGAUCCGCCUUUGGCCGCACCGGGAAUGAAUAAACUAUUAGUUCACAAGAUUGUAUUCUUUAUCAUAUUAUUGUUUACUCCUAUUUGUUACGAUUACGAAAUUUCAAGUUCAUCAUUUCAUUACAAGAUUUUUAUUAAUAAACGAUUAGUUCACAAGAUUGUAUUCUUUAUCAUAUAAGUAUUAUUUACUCCGAUUUGUUACGA